CUCUGCAGUGUCUCAGCAGGUGAGAGUAAGCCUCUCACUUUCCGUACUCAGAAAGAGAUGUUUGAGAAGAUGGAGGAGUCGUUUAAAUUCUGUGCUAAAUGUGAUGCACGUCCUGGCCAGUCAGACUCACUGAAGCGCUGUGGAAGGUGUUUGAAUGUGUACUACUGCAGUAAGGACUGUCAGAAGCAGGACUGGUCUGUCCACAGGCAGUUCUGUAAGGAGCUGUGUCAGGCAGCGCUGGACAGGCGAGUGGAAUGGCUCAUAUAUAAAGGAGACCUGCCCUUCCCCACAGAGGCGUGGACUCGUCCUGUGAAAGAGGUCCAGUGCUGGAAGGACUGGUUGGCCAUGCAAGGAGACCUCACACCGCGACUGGAGCCCAUUUUAUCGGGUCGGAACAUGACCGACCUGUGGAGUGACGCUGGCCGACCGCGGCCCGGCGACGCAGAGCUGCGCGACUCCGUGUGGAGAGUGUGCAGCGAGUUCCUCUCGCGUCCGCUCACAGUGGGACUGGGACUCUGUAAAUUUGGGCUGGACCCCUAUUCCCGCCCCCUGACCAUUCACAUCGUGGGCGCUGGUCAGAACGAGACACUGGGCGCCCGAGUCACAGACAUGGACGAACUGAGUCGCAUGUUCCCCGGGCACCAGGGGAUAGAGGUGGUGAUGGUGGGGCCGGAGGUGGUCCAGGGGCCGAUAAUGAGACCCCCACUGAGGGCCUUUGGGCCCCGAGGGAAAGUCUACAUCAGCGCAUACAAGGGUCUGUACCACCAGUUCUGGGAGGAGCUGGUGGAGAAAGGAGAAGCAGCCAGACCAGACCUGGUGGUGGGAUUUCACCCAGAGUUCGAUGCCAGUGGAGACAUGAGUGAUGGCUGGUUACCUACGCUUCUCUUACUGAGAGACUAUGAAAUUCCCACACUCUUCACUAUGCUAAAUGAUGAAGAAUUCCAGUAUUCCCUCCAGAUUCUGUUGGAGCUGGAGAUGCACAUCAAAGGCAGUGGCAAAAACCCGUUUGGGUCUCAGAAACCAGAGCAGGUCCAGCCCAGUCCCAACAAACCGCCCAGUUACUGCAAUUCUCACUACCUGUGUUUCCACGGCCUGCUGGAGCGAGAGCUGGAUGAGGAAGAGGAAGAUUAG